AUGGACGGGGCCAUCAGUGAGACACCAGACGCGGUUUUCAGCGAUAGAGUACGCCGUUUCCAGGAAUUUUUGGAUACUUUCGCCAACUACAAGGAUUCCAUCAGGUCAGUUCAAUUAUACAAUCUAGCGGACACCAAAGACGGGUAUGAGACCGAGAAGAAACAAGAAUUCGAUGGAAAGAAGCUCCCACAGCGGGUUACUGUGUCGCUGGACGACUUGCGGGAGUUUGAUCGAUCUUUUUGGGCAGGCAUUCUCAACUCCCCUGCCCAAUUUGUUCCAGCUGCAGAACGAGCUGUGAGCGAAACAGCUAUGACACUCGAAGAGGGUCCAUCUGGAUCCACUUUGGGAGCUAACCUAAAUGUUAGUCAGCAGUGGAAGCUGUCAUUUCGUGGCUCGUUCGGUGCGCAUGCGUUGUCGCCCAGAACGUUAAACUCGCACCACCUCAACAAGCUCCUUUCAAUCGAGGGCAUUGUAACAAAAGUAUCACUGGUAAGGCCAAAGCUACUAAGGUCUGUUCACUACGCUGAAAAGACUGGCCGUUUUCACUACAGGGACUAUCGAGAUGCAACCACGAGUUUGACUACCCAGAUUCCAACCCCUGCUAUUUAUCCAACCGAGGACCCCGAAGGGAACAGACUCACCACAGAGUAUGGAUACUCUAACUACAUUGACCACCAGCGGAUCACAGUGCAAGAAAUGCCGGAAAAGGCGCCCCCAGGCCAAUUACCUAGAUCUAUUGACGUGAUAAUGGACGAAGACCUGGUCGACAAAACCAAGCCAGGAGAUAGAGUUAAUAUUGUUGGGAUUUACAAAUCACUUGGGGGCGGAGGUCUGAGUUCAAGCGCAGACCAAUCCGGCUCACUGUCGGGGUUCAAGACGAUGGUUUUAGCCAAUACAGUUUACCCUCUACACGCACGGUCCACCGGUGUGGCUGCGAGACAAGCUCUUUCGGACUCUGAUAUUCGUAACAUCAAUAAGCUGUCAAAAAGGGAGGAUAUAUUUAGCCUUUUGGCCCAGUCUUUAGCCCCAUCAAUUUACGGACAUGAACACAUAAAAGAAGCAAUUUUGCUCAUGCUAUUGGGUGGUGUUGAAAAGAAUCUAGAGAAUGGUUCUCAUUUGAGGGGUGACAUCAACAUUUUAAUGGUAGGUGAUCCGUCAACCGCAAAGUCUCAGCUGUUAAGAUUUGUUUUGAACACAGCUUCCUUGGCCAUCGCCACAACAGGUCGCGGAUCUUCAGGCGUUGGUUUAACCGCUGCUGUUACUACAGACAGAGAAACAGGAGAGAGACGGUUAGAAGCAGGUGCUAUGGUUUUGGCUGAUCGAGGUAUCGUUUGCAUCGAUGAGUUUGACAAGAUGAGCGACGUAGAUCGUGUAGCAAUUCAUGAGGUUAUGGAACAACAAACCGUAACCAUUGCGAAGGCUGGUAUUCACACCACAUUGAAUGCACGUUGUAGUGUAAUUGCGGCUGCGAAUCCUGUCUUUGGUCAAUAUGAUUUAAACAAAGAUCCACACUACAAUAUUGCGUUGCCAGAUUCACUUUUGUCCAGAUUCGAUUUAUUAUUUGUUGUCACUGAUGACAUUAAUGAAAACACAGACAGAGCAAUCAGUGAGCAUGUCUUGAGAACGCACAGGUAUUUGCCUCCAGGAUACCUGGAAGGCGAACCUUUGCGAGAAGCCAUCAAUCUUUCGCUUUCUGUGGGUGACGACGAAGUGCUCAAUGAAGAAGAAGAUGAUGACGAUGAUGAGGGCAAAGUGUUUGAGAAGUUUAAUCCUCUACUACAUGCGGGUGCUAAAUUGGCCAGAAAUAGAGGCAAUCGCCAAGGUACGGAGUUGCCUCAAAUAGUCUCAAUCCCGUUCUUACGCAAAUACGUCCAGUACACCAAAGAAAGAAUUGUGCCUGUGCUAACUCAGGACGCUACCAGCUUGAUUGUAAAGACCUAUUCGGACUUGAGAAACGAUCAAAAUACCAAGAAGUCGCCAAUCACCCCCAGAACGCUAGAGACCCUGAUCAGAUUGGCAUCUGCCCAUGCCAAGGUGAGGCUCUCGAAGACUGUUGAUCGUAAGGACGCGCGUAUUGCAGCCUAUCUCCUCAAAUUUGCUCUACUGGGUGAAGACGAAAUUGGCCCUGAUUCUGACGCUGGCGAUGACACUCAGAGAUCUCCCACGAAAUCACCGCGGAAAAAGCAGCGGGUUCGUCAUACGAUCAACCCAGUUGCAAAUAUUGAUUCGUCGCCCACUAGGGCAUCAUUGCUGAAUACCAGUACACCAACUAGGACGCAAAAAUUGAGAACGGGGCAAAUUUUCUCUGAAGAUGAAAGUGAUGAAAAUGUCAGUUUGGAACAUGACGACGAGUUCAUUGACGAAGAUGAGGCUGAAAUGAGUGCUUUGCCUGAGGACCAAGAAAAGGAAUUGCAAAGGAGACUUGAAAGCGGCCUACGCGUGUCGCCUAGACGGAGAGGACCCACGGGGCAAUCCGCUUUUCCACUUACUGAGGAUGGCAGACCAAUCUUGUCGGCGUCUGAGAAUCUUCGCAGUAGACCUGUACUUUCUGCCGCAUCGGCCCAAGGACAACACGAGCUUGUAUCUACAGAAUCCACUGAGCCAGGAACCAUCAGUACAAGUAGACUUUCCCUUUUCUCAAGUAUUAUGGCUCAACUGAUGCAGUCAGACCUUUUUGAAGACGAAUCUUACCCUGUUGCAUCGUUGUUAGACAAGAUCAAUGAUGAUUUACCAGAGGAAGAUAAAUUCUCAGCCCCAGAGUAUCUCGCUGGCUUGAAAAUCAUGAGUGAAAGAAAUAAUCUGAUGGUUGCUGAAGAAAAAGUAUGGAGAGUUUGA